CGGGCGGGCGGGCGGCGAGCGGCGGCCGCGCUGUCAGGCCGGUGUCGGUGUGAUGAAGAUUGGCGGGCAGGUCCUGGUUGGCUGGGAGGACCAUGGAAAAGCUGGAGUAACAACCGUGUAGAAGGCAAUGAAAAAGACCUGGAUUGCAGCAGUAACCCUCAGAGUGAUCCCGUGAGGAGCUUUCAGCACCCACCAGGAGUGGAAGAGGAGGGGACAGGAUCACCUUGGCCUCCAUCCCCUGUGCCCAGACCAAGGAGGAGCUCGCCUUCGUUUGCUGGACACAUCUCGGUUGUGAUCCCUACCCAGUUUUCAGGGCAGUGGGAGGACGCUUGCAGGGCAGUGGCUCCCUGAGCACCCCCUAACAGUUCUCGAUGUGAGUCCCAAGCAGGAUGCACCAUGUCUCCCCUGCACCAGCUCUGACCAUGAUGGCCACCCAGACCGUGCCUCCUCCUCCUCCCUACCAGGACACCCCGCAGAUGACAGCCACAGCCCAGCAGCCCGCCAAAGCCCAGCCCGUGCUCCUCACCACGCCGGCAGCAGCCGCCACCGCGCCGGUGCCGCCAGCGGGCGGCGACCCCCAGGCACAGCUGGAGGCCGACAAGAGGGCUGUCUACAGGCACCCUCUGUUCCCGCUGCUGACGCUGCUCUUUGAGAAGUGUGAGCAGGCCACGCAGGGCUCAGAGUGCAUCACCUCGGCCAGCUUCGAUGUCGACAUCGAGAACUUUGUCCACCAGCAGGAGCAGGAACACAAGCCCUUCUUCAGCGACGACCCCGAGCUGGACAACCUGAUGGUGAAGGCCAUCCAGGUGCUGCGCAUCCACCUCCUGGAGCUGGAGAAGGUCAAUGAGUUGUGCAAGGACUUCUGCAACCGCUACAUCACCUGCCUCAAAACCAAGAUGCACAGUGACAACCUACUCAGGAACGACCUGGGGGGGCCCUACUCCCCCAACCCCUCCUCCAUCAGCCUCCACCCCCAGGAGAUGCUGCAGAGCUCUCCAGCAGCGCUGCCGCCGGCCUCCAACCCCCCUGCGGGCAUCGUGGUGCCCGCGGCCACUCUGCCCCCUGGCAACCUGGCCAUGGGCACCGGCAGCAGCUCGCCCGCCGUGCCAGGUGGAGCCUUGUACCAGCCCGUGACCAUGGUGACGUCGCAGGGCCAGGUGCUCGCCCAGGCCAUCACCCCUGGCGCCCUGCAGAUCCCCAAUGCCCAGGUGAACCUGGAUCUCACCUCCCUCCUUGAUGGUGAGGACAAGAAGUCCAAGAACAAGCGGGGGGUCCUGCCCAAGCACGCCACCAACAUCAUGCGCUCAUGGCUCUUCCAGCAUCUCAUGCACCCCUACCCCACAGAGGAUGAGAAGAGGCAAAUUGCUGCCCAAACCAACCUGACCCUCUUGCAAGUCAACAACUGGUUCAUUAACGCCCGGCGGCGCAUCCUGCAGCCCAUGCUGGACGCCAGCAACCCGGACCCAGCCCCCAAAGCCAAGAAAAUCAAAUCCCAGCACCGGCCCACGCAGCGGUUCUGGCCCAACUCCAUCGCCGCCGGCGUCCUGCAGCAGCAGGGGGGCAACGCAGGGACAAACCCUGAUGGCUCGCUCAGCAUGGACAACCUGCAGCCCCUGUCAUCAGCCACUGCCACCAUGGCCAUGCAGCAGGCGAUGCUGGCAGCCCACGAUGACUCCCUGGAUGGCACUGAGGAAGAGGAGGAGGAUGAGGAGGACGAGGACGAGAUGGAGGAGGAGGAGGAAGAGGAGGAAGAGCUGGAGGAAGAGCCUGGUGGCCUCCCAGCAGCACCUGGUGCUGACCUUGGUUUGGACCACAGUGACUCACUGGAAUAGCUCCUCCUGCACCCUCCCAAAUCAUUGACAGCACCAGAUACAAAAUUCCCCCGAAAUGCAAAAAAAAAAAAAAUAAAGGCAAGAAGAAGAAAUGAGUGAGAAAAAAGCAAACUGGCAGCGCUGGCAGAGGCCCUGGCUGCCCCAGAGCACAGGGACCACCAUGGCAGCGCCCAGAAGUGGACACACGUUUACAAGGCACAUAUUGUGGCCAGAUUAAUCUCUUAUUUCAGGUUUUGUUUUUCUUUUUCCCUUCAUUUUUGGGUAAGCAAAAGCAUUUUUAGGGAAAGUUGUUUUCCCCACGUGACGCUCGGAUGCUGGUGGGCAGUGCUGGGCCCAUCCCUUGGAUUUCCUGGUGCAAAGAAAAGCCAAACCAACCCCAGGACUUGAUGCUUUUUGGAUUUUUCCCCCAGAAAGGUCAUUCACAGGCAUAAACACUGGCAUGGAGGGGGAAGAAAAAUAAUCAGCGAGUGCAAAUUCUGCUAUAUCCAAGGAGGGUUUGGUGCUCGACUCAUGGGAUUGCCCAAACCUCCCAACUUUGGCCCCGAUGCUGAGGCUGCUUGGUGACUCUGGACACAGCUUUCUGGAAAAGGGAGGAAAUUCCUCCAAAUCCUUUAAUUUAUGUGCUAAAACCUCUGCUGAAUCUGGAAAAAAUCCAACUAACCCCAUUCUCGUCUUUAAGGGCUGAGAUUGGAGGCAGAGUUGGGGCAAAGGCUGCCGGAAGUAAAACUUUUCCAAAGGCA